UUGGAAGAAACACAUGCGGCAAAAAGACUUUUAAUGACCUUAAACGAUAGUAAGCUACAGUGAAGAUUAUUUGAUGAUAAUAUUUUCAACAACGCAGGUGUGCAACGAUACAAAAGACAGUUGUGAUAUGUAAUAUCAUUAAACGGGCUUUGUAGAAGUAAAAACGGGAUCACAAAAGUCACUCUUAUCGGUCUCUGAUAUUUAAAAAGCUUAUGAUGCGAUACGAGCGCAUUUUAUUUGGCAUAUAAUACGGAAUUACUGCUACAAAAAUUAAUGCCGAGUUAGUGUGAAAAAAAGUAUACAGACAUAUUAUAAUACUUUUCAAAGCAUUUGUUAAGAAAACUGAAAGAAUAAUAUACAUUUCCCGAGGACGAACGCUCAGUACCACUAUAGAUUUAUUCAUUUUCAAAAACGGAUGCAUACAAAAGAAGACAUUUUGAAGAACUUGGAUUAAUAUCAUAUAGCAUUAUUGAAGGGCUGUAUGGUACUUUUCACUUAUGCUAUUUGGAUAUACAUCAAACGUGUCCCAAAUGACGCUUGUGAGUUUAAUUGCCAUGGAUUCUGAACGUGAGGCUAAUCUCACUCAAGUACAAAGUACGACAUUAACCCCGCCGGCAAGUUUGGAUGAUUAUGAAGCAUUCUACUACAGAGCACAAUACAUUACAGGCCUUGUGUUUUAUCCAAUUUUAUGUAUACUGGGCAUGACAGGAAACGUGAUGAGCAUAAUCGUUAUGUCUCAAAAACAAAUGAGAUCUUCAACUAACACCUAUCUUUUUGCAUUAGCCGUUUCAGAUUUGAUAAAACUGUUUGUAGAUUUUCUGUACUUUAUGGUGAUAUUGUUGAAUCAGAUUGAUACAUCAACCGGAAAUAAAGCAUACGUAUUUUUGUAUCCUUACGCGCACUAUAUUUUUAACGCGUCAUUGUGUGUUUCGGCAUGGCUCAUUGUCUCAGUGGCUGUGGAGAGAUAUGUUUAUGUUUGCCAUCCAACGAGAGUGAAAUUUUAUUGUAAUAUAUACAAAGCAAGAACUAUUUCCUUCUCCGUAUUCGUGAUCAUGUCAGUUCUUGCUAUUCCAUACGCUAUGCGAUAUAGAACAGUUCAAAAGGUAAACAACGAAACAGGUGCAAUAGAGUAUGACGUCAUAUUAUCACAACUGUGGCAAAACCAACUUUUUACGGAUAUUUACACAUGGUUUCAAAAUCUAAUGCGUUCUAUAAUUCCAUUAGUUAUCUUGAUCAUAUUAAACACGUGCAUAAUGUACGGACUUCGGAGGUGUCGUCUGCUCCGUUCAAAGACUCCCAAAAAGCAUCGGAUAACAACAAUGUUAAUUACAGUGAUUCUUGUAUUCCUAAUUUGCAUAACGCCAGACACAAUUAUGUCAACAUUCUUUGGACUUGGAUAUUCCGAAGAGAACUAUCUUGCGCGUGGAAUUAGAGAAAUUACAGACUUGUUGCUACUCAUUAAUUCAGCAGCAAAUUUUGUUAUAUAUUGUAUAUUCAAUACAAUAUUCUGGUGCCAAUUUCGCCGCUUGUUUUGCUAUUCCUGUUUUCGUCGCAACAUAGGCAUAACUGAUGAGAGAAAUUUGUCCCUGCUUGACGUUGGAUCGCAUGUUAGAUCAGUGAAUAGGCGGCGUAGUGAUAUAUGAAAAUGUUAAGACCUGAUGAAUCUUUCAUACUAUAUAUUAAAUAUAACUGUGCUUUCAUUUGAAGACAAGUAAUGCAGAUUUUGUAUACAUUUUGUUAUAAGAAAUGUUAAAGAAAAGGGUUGAUUUCCAGCAGUACAGAAAUAGUGAACGGAGUAUCGAGCGGAGCAAAAACACUGAUAACGCAAACACGCCUUUCUUAUUAAUUGUUAUUGAAUAAUAUUUCAUUCCAUAUGAACAUUCAUUAUCAUGAUACAUUUGUUAUGUAUAUCUAUGUUAUAUCUUGGAAUAA